AUUAAUCUCAUGUUGUUUCAGGUCAUUCGAAUCUUGAAAACGUGAUGGGCGAGAUAAAAAUGGAGGUAGCAAAUGCUGACCAUGAAGUACCCUCCAUGUUACCAAACUUUACAUGCUCCAUAAACAGUACCAUAUCUCUCGGUUGUUCACCAACUUUUGUUAUAUGUUCUGGCGGUAUUGUAUACAUAUUCAAUUGUGGUGGCGGUCUCACAACGAGCUCAUGUAAUAGAAUAGAGGAUACUUCAGAAUGUGAUGAACAAGAUAAUAAACGAAGAAUGCUUUCAGUUACUAAAGGAUUCAGUUCCUCUUCGCCACUGACAGAAUUUGAUAAUUUACCUCAUACGUCAGUAAAUUUGACUAAUGUUUCAUAUGAUGCUUCAAGUUUUGAUUGUAUGAGUGUUCCUGAUGGAUUGUAUGCUUCUCAUUGCUCACCACUGUUUUUCGUUUGUUCCGUUGAUCACAUAACUGGAUUCGUAUGCCAGGAUGCAUUAGUUUUCAAUCUUGAGACUGGGUUUUGUGAUCAAAAAGAACAUGUUUCAUCUUGUGAAAAAACUAAUCUCGUGAAUAGUUCUCCUACUACAUCAUCCUCUAUCGCUGAAAAAUUAUCGCUGGAACCAAGUUUUAUCACCGCUCAACCAUCUCAUCAUUCAACUCCACUGAAACGAUGGGAAUGUGAGAAAGGAUUCAGUGGUAUAAUGUCGAGAGGUUGUUCAAGGAAAUUUACCGUCUGUAUCAACGGUGACGAUCAUUUAUUCUUUUGUCAAGAAGGAUUAGUGUAUAACAUCGAUACCAGUCGUUGUGAUCAUGCACAGAACGUUGCUGCUUGUGGUAGUAAAGCUGGAAUUCCGUUCAGAAAAAGAGCACAUGAAAUAUCUCAUUUGAAAAAACAUUUAGCAUCGAGCAUUCGUAUUGCGGAUUUGCGAGCAGCUGAACCUUCAAAGCAAACGAUGCAUGCACGUUGUUACGCGUCACGAGGUCAAAUUGCUGCAUACGGGCAUUGUCGAGGAGAAUAUAUCUACUGUCUGCGCGAUGGAACUCUUCGUAAGUCGUACUGCAUAAAUGGUUACAUGUUUGAUGAGGAUGUUGGACGUUGUGUUCCAGCUGAAGUUUGCGGAAUAAUUGGUGGUGCUGUUGCGGAAUCAGUAUCAUUAACAAAGGAAAAGUGUGAUGGUGUAGAAGAUAAUAUUUCAAAGGGAAUUGGACCGUGUUUAAGUGAAUAUUACGUGUGCAAGAAGGGUGUUCCGAUUCGUAGACGUUGCUUUAAACAUUUGGAAACAUUUUCUGCAACCGCUGGUGCAUGUGUAGUACGGUCACUGAAUCCUGAAUGCCGACAAAGCCCGACUAUACCAACCGAUGGAAUUAAAAAACUCAAUAAUGCUGACGAUUUCUGUAUCCAUCGACUGGAUGGCUUAUACCGGCAUCCGACAGACUGUGCAAGAAUUUUACAGUGUUUUGGGGAGGAGAUAUUUGAGCAUUUGCCAUGCAAUGAUGGAUUUGUUUUCAACGAAAUAUCCGGUGGCUGUGAUUAUAAAAGCAACGUGCCUGAGUGUGCUGGUACUUCUGAGAAAUCCAUUGAAGGUAACAAUUCGUCAUCAGCAGGUUUAAACUGUGAGGGGAAAUCCCAUGGUGACCAUCUUGCAGACGAAAAAGAUUGCUCGGUGUUUUAUCGAUGCGUAUGGGGCAAAUUGGAAAAGUUUUUUGUCCAGAGCAUACUGUUUUUAAUCCCUUACUGA